AUGGUUUCAAAAAGGAAAUUGUCAAAAGCUGAUGCUUCUGGAGAGAACUGCAAGACAGACGUGCCAAGUAGGUGCUCCGAAACAAAGAAGUCGCGGAUUUCUGAUACGGGAAAGGCCCCUGCCCAUGGUGGAGCGGAGAAUGAGGGAGUCUUUGAAGAGCUCCUUAGAACAUCAGGAAUUGUGCUGAAAGCUGGGGAGGGACAGAAUGAAAUAGCUGUUGAUCAAAUGGCUUUCCAGAAGAAGCUCUGCCUGGCCCUGGAGAAACACCCUACUUACCCAAGCGUUGUGAAGCAAUUUAUCAGUGGCUUGGAAUCUCACAUCAAGGACAGAAACCAGUUCAAGAACUGUCUCUUGCCAUGCACUCCCAUACGGACUGAGGGGUCAAGGACUCUGGUGCACUCGUAUUGUGAAAGCCUCAUUAAGCUGCUUCUUGGAAUUAAGACCUUACAGCCUGCUGUCAUAACGCUGUUGUUGGAAAAGAUCCCCGAAUUCUUUUUUGACAUCGUGGGCACCUUUGGAACAAAUUUUCCCCGGCUCAUCGUCAAUCAGUUUAAAUGGCUUGACAGGCUUGUUGACAGCCAGGAUCUCAUCAAGAAGUUAAUGCAAAUGGUUAGUGUCUCUCCAGUACCAAUCCAGCAUGAUAUUAUCACCAGUUUACCUGAGAUCCUGGAGGAUUCCCAGCAAAGUGAGGUUGCCAGAGAGCUCAGCUGCUUACUGAAACAGGGCAGACGCCUAACGGUUCCAAUCCUCGAUGCCCUUUCUCGUCUGGAUCUUGAUGCAGACCUUCUGGCUGAGGUGCGGCAGUCUGCCAUGGCCAUUGUGCCUUCGGUAAAACUGGAAGAUUUGCCUGUGGUAGUAAAAUUCAUCCUCCAUAACGUCAAGGCAGCAGACGCAGUAGAGGUGAUUUCUGAUCUUCGUAAGAGCUUGGAUCUGUCCUCAUGUGUUCUGCCCCUGCAGAUCCUAGGUUCCCAGAAGAAGCUUAAAAGUCAAGUCCAGGCCAGUUCUUCCAUGAGCCAAGUAACCAGCAGCCAAAACUGUGUGAAGCUACUUUUUGAUGCGAUCAAGCUAGCUGUGAGAUUUCAGAAAGAUGUCUCUGAAGCUUGGAUUAAGGCUAUCGAAAACAGCACGUCUGUAUCUGACCAUAAGGUUCUGGAUUUCAUAGUUUUGCUGCUAAUCCAUUCUAUAAACACCAAGAACAGGAAGCAAACUGAGAAAGUAUUGAGGAGCAAAAUUCGACUGGGCUGCAUGCCAGAACAGCUGAUGCAGAAUGCCUUCCAAAAUCAUUCAAUGGUGAUCAAAGACUUCUUCCCUUCAAUCCUAGCACUUGCUCAGACGUUUUUGCACUCUGCACACCCAACCAUAGUCUCCUUUGGUAGCUGCAUGUACAAACAAGCUUUUGCAGCCUUUGACUCUUACUGCCAGCAGGAGGUUGUGACUGCUUUGGUGACUCAUGUGUGUAGUGGAAAUGAGACGGAACUGGACAUCUCUCUGGAUGUGCUCACUGAUUUGGUGAUGCUGCACACAUCCCUUCUGAUGCGCUACGCCACCUUCGUGAAGACCAUUUUAGACUCUACACAGAAACUGAAUCCAUGCCAGAUCCGGAAGCUUUUCUACAUUCUCAGCACACUGGCAUUCAGCCAGAGGCAAGAAGGAAGCUAUAUUCAGGAUGAUAUGCACAUGGUGAUCAGGAAAUGGCUCUCCAGCACAGUUCCCAACCACAAACAAAUGGGGAUUAUUGGUGCUGUUACCAUGAUAGGCAGCGUGGCAUUAAAAAGAAAUGAAGGAGAUGGUGGUUCAUUGGAAAGACCAGAGCUGAACAGCGAGCGGGAUGGGCAGCUUUCUACCUUGCUGGACCUCGUGGGCUUCUGCUGUGAGCAAACACCAGAGGUCUUGGCCCUGUACUACGAUGAACUCGCCAGUUUGAUUGAGAAGCAGAAGGGGAAUUUGGACUUGCAGCUCCUGGAGGAGUUUGGGAAGAGUUUGGUGGAGGACUUUCCUGGUGACUUUGUGGUGGAUCUCAACCCCACAGUGGAUGGUUCGUUCUUGUUCCCAGUGAAGUCCUUGUAUAAUCUGGAUGAAGAUGAGAGUCAGGGAGCAAUUGCUAUUAACCUCUUACCAUUGGUGUCGCAGAGUGAGCUUGGCAGGGUUGCUGAUGGAACGAGUAACCAAAAUAAAAGGGUAGUUUCACCGAUAUGUCUGUCACCCUCUUUCCGGUUGCUGAGGCUCUACACUGGAGAGCAAAACAGUGGAAGCCUGGAGGAGAUUGAUGCCUUAUUAGGCUGCCCCCUGUACCUGACUGACCUGGAGGUUGAAGGCAAGCUGGACUCUCUGUCCAAGCAGGAACGUGAAUUUCUGUGCUCGCUCCUCUUUUAUGCCCUCAACUGGUUUCGUGAGGUUGUAAAUGCCUUCUGCCAACAACAGGAUGCUGAGAUGAAGGGAAAAGUUUUGACUCGAUUACAGAACAUCACAGAGCUGCAGAAUGUGCUGGGAAAAUGCUUGACGGCAACCCCUGGCUAUGUCCCACCACCAGCUACUUUUGAUUCUGAAGCCCUGGAGGCCGUACCGUCCAUUAAUGCAGUUGGUCCAGCGAGAAAAAGGAAUGGAAGGAAAAAAAAGACUGAUGGCAGCAAAGCAGGCUCUGCAGAGCGUUCUCAAGCAGAUGACAGUUCUGAGGGAAACCAGCCUGAUACUGAGCUCUCUGAGCUGGAGAAGAGUGCUGCUGAGAGAGAGGCAGGAAAUCCUCUGGCACAGCUGCAGAGCUAUCGCCCCUACUUCCGCGAGUUAGACCUCGAAGUGUUCACUGUACUCCACUGUGGGCUGCUGACAAAGUCUGUCCUGGACACAGAGAUGAAUACAGAGCUGGAACAUGUGCUGACCCCAGGCUCCACUAGGAGACUGCCCUUUCCAAAGGAAAGAGGCUACAAGGAUAUUGGCUUUUCCCACUUGUGUCAGAGAUCCCCCAAGGAAGUUGCUACAUGUGUAGUCAAGCUACUAAAGCCACUGUGUAAUCACAUGGAGAACAUGCACAACUACUUCCAGGCAGUUAUACAAAAUCAAGGUGUGGAAGAUGAACCAAGAGUGAACAUCCAGGAGCACCAGCUGAUGUCCUCUUGUUACCAACAGCUGUUACUAACUUUUCGCUCACUAUUUGCUUGGAACGGUUUUUCUCAGCAUGAAAACACUGACUUGCUAAGGUCAGCUCUCCAGGUGCUUGCAGACAGGCUAAAGCCAGGAGAGACAGAGUUUCUUCUUCUUGAGGAGCUGAUAAGUGAGAGUUUUCACUACCUACUGAAUUUCCAGCAGAGCGUUCCCACCUUCCACUGUGCAUUCAUCCUCACUCAGCUCCUGAUUGCUGUCGCUGAGAAACCAAUGGCUGGCUGGAAGAAAGAAAAAAUGGCUUCACUAGCAAAGCAGUUCCUCUGCCAGUCGUGGGUGAAGCCCGGUGGAGACCGAGAGAAGGGCAGCCAGUUCAACAGUGCGCUGCAUACUCUGCUCUGUGUCUACCUGGAGCACACAGAUAACAUCUUGAAAGCUAUAGAAGAAAUCUCCAGUGUCGGUGUUCCUGAACUGAUCGACUCUGCCAAAGACGGAUAUUCUUCUACUUAUCCGACACUAAGCAGGCAAACGUUCCCGGUUUUCUUCAGAGUAAUGAUGGCUCAGCUAGAGAGUUCAGUGAAAAGCAUCCCAGCUGGGAAACCAUCAGACUCAAGUGAGGUGCAACUGGAGAAGCUGCUGCGGUGGAACAUUGCCGUGCGGAAUUUCCAUAUCCUCGUUAACUUGGUCAAGGUAUUUGACAGCAGGUCUGUACUCACCAUCUGCCUGAAGUACGGCCGUCUCUUUGUAGAAGCAUUUCUGAAGCUCGCCAUGCCUCUCCUGGACUACAGCUUUAAAAAGCACAGGGAUGAUGUGCAGAGUUUGCUGAAAACCUUGCAGCUGAGUACCAGACAACUUCAUCACAUGUGUGGCCAUUCCAAGAUCCGCCAAGACAUUGGACUGACCAACCAUGUGCCUUUGUUGAAGAAGUCUCUGGAACAAUUUGUGUACCGAGUGAAGGCAAUGCUGGCAUUCAACCACUGCCAGGAGGCGUUCUGGGUGGGCAUCCUGAAAAAUCGGGAUCUUCAGGGAGAAGAGAUU